AUGCGUUCACCGGUAAACGUACUUUUGAGAAAGUGGUACGACAAACUGAGCCUAAAGCGACAAUCACCGCCAUCUUGGUAUCGAGACCGGCUUCGCGAAGAGUUACUAGAACGACGUAACGCAAGUGGUCCUAUGCUCAAACUGAGCGAAACGGCUGAUGUCUUCUUUACCAUCACCCGAGCUCGAUACGACGGGUUUCCGAUUCGAAGUCUACCACCUUACAGGUUCCGACAUACCUCUAUCUAUGUCUACAUGAUUACAAAGUACACCUUACGUUGGAAGCUGUAUCAAACGACGGCCCGCAUUUGUGGUGACCCUUGUUUCGCCCAGGUGCGCGAAGUUGUGAACCCGAGGAAGGACCACAAGCUUAGCGAGGUUGCCCUUCGGCACAAUAUUGACGUAGCGCAGUUCAAGCGAGCAUUUUCGCCCAACUGA